UGGUUUCAACUCCUCUCUCUCCACAGUUCUGCCUCUGGAUUCAGAGGGGAGGAAAAUUGUCAUUUCACAAGUUGCCAACUUUACCGAAGUACUUUUGUGCAUCUCCCAAGAGAGUGACAUCAUGCAAGAGAACUAUGAAAAUGUGAUCUCACUGGCAGAGGAGAUUGCAAUCAGCUGGCCCAGGAUAACUGCUUUUGCUGAGUCCCACAGAAGGAGAGGGCUGAUGUCUGACACAGAGCCUGAACAGGGCCAGGUGGAACAGGCCCCCAUGCAGGACUCAGUGGCAGCAGGCCCAAGUGAAGGCGGACUCAACGCUGACCUCCGACGGCAGCUGGGACUCAUCCUGCAGACUGCAGGCAGGAGCCAGGUGGAGAAGAUGCUACGGGAGCUGGUGAAGGAGCAGAGCCAAGAUGGAAAGCGUAAACCUCGGAAGAAAGCGCUCAAGAGCCCCAAAGAUGAAGUUGCUGAUGGGAACGAAGAGGAGCCACUGGCAGAAGAGGACAGCUCAGAGAAGGUGGAGCCACCAGCUUCCCCACUGGGAAUAUCUGAUUGCCAAGUUGAGGGUGACGCUAGAGGAAGCCAAUGCCAGCUUGACUCAGAGGAGCAACAGCUGCCACAGGUGCCAAGUGUACCUCAGAGAGAAGGGAAGACUUCCAAAAAGCUCAAAGACCAGCCUGCAGCUUUGGCUGCAGCAGAGAGGCCAGGGGUCUGUGUUGAAUGUGGAAAGAAGAACUUGGGUGGUAGUGGACGAGGCCACAAUGUGCCCACAUCAGAGAGACCGCAUCAGUGUGCUGAAUGUGGACGUUGCUUCCGGCAGCGGUCCAUCUUGGCCAAACACCAAAAAAUCCACACUGGCGAGAAACCUUAUCCAUGCACAGCCUGUGGCAAGCGGUUCAACCGCAGCUCCAACCUGGCACAACAUCAGCGUGUGCACACGGGCGAGCGCCCUUUUCCCUGCACUGCUUGCGGCAAGGCUUUCACCCAAAAAUCAGACCUGGAGCGGCAUCAGCGCGUGCACACAGGGGAGCGGCCCUAUGCCUGCCAAGACUGUGGCAAGUGCUUCUCUGUCAGCUCCCACCUUGACCGGCACAUGCGCACGCACCAACACAAUCACCAGGAAGAGCCCCCUGCUGCCACCCCAGCCCCAUCCACCCACCGCUGCCCUGAGUGUGGGAAAUGUUUUGGCCAGCGCUCAGCACUCUCCAAGCACCGUAAGACUCAUUCUGGCGAGCGUCCUUACCCGUGCAAUGCCUGUGGCAAGCGUUUCAGUCGCAGCUCCAACUUAGCGCAACACCAGCGGAUUCACACUGGCGAGCGCCCGUUCCCCUGCAGCGACUGUGGCAAACGGUUCAUCCAGCGCUCUGACCUGGAACGCCACCAGCGAGUGCACACUGGCGAGCGCCCCUACACCUGUGCUCAGUGUGGCCGGGGUUUCUCUGUGAGUUCUCAUCUCGACCGGCACCAGAGAGUCCACCAAGCUCAGGCUGCAGCAGCUGCCGCCCACCGCUGCCCUGAGCAUGUUAAGGGCUUCCUUCUCAGUGCAGGGGGCAAACAGCUUCUCAAACAUCAGCUCUUCGGCAGCAAGGGGCGUCUCACACGCAGUGGCCACUGCUUGGACUGUGGUAAAAGCCUGGGCAAAGUCCCACCACAGUUGCCAGUGCCCCCCAUUGAGAAGCCCUUCAAAUGUGAGGAUUGUGGGAAAGCUUUUGCCCAGCGCUCAGCACUGGUCAAGCACCAGCGCAUCCACACAGGGGAGAAGCCGUUCUCUUGCACGGACUGUGGCAAGGCCUUCAUCCAGAAGUCGGACCUGACCAUCCACCGGCGCAUGCACACUGGUGAGAAGCCAUACCGCUGCGACACCUGCGGCAAGUGCUUCAGUGUCAGCUCCAACCUGCUGACUCACCAGCGCACCCACUUGGGCGAGAAGCCCUACGCCUGCGGGGACUGUGGCAAGGCUUUCAUCCAGCGCUCGGAGCUCACCAUCCACCAGCGCACCCACACCGGGGAGAAGCCCUACAAGUGCAGCAUCUGCGGCAAAUGCUUCAGCCGCAGCUCCCACCUCAACCGCCAUCAGCGCACCCACAGCAAUGACAAGGCCUCUGCAGGCACAGCCACAGCCCCUGCCUCACUGCUGGCUGUCGGCACCGCCAAGCCUGCCACGCCUCUCCCCGCCUCAGCCUUCUCUGCUUCCUACACCUCACCCAGCCCGCUUCCCACCUUGCCUUCCUUCCCUUCCUCCCCGUCGUCCCUCCCCAUCCCUUCUUUGGACCUGCCCUGGUCUCUCUCCUUUCCAUCCCGAGGAUUUUCCCAUCCGUCUUUCCCUUCUCCUGCUCCUGGCAGUGUCCAGACUCCGUCCCUAAUAAACUAGGACUUUCCUUUCUGAAGGGCCCUCUCUGUUCCUGGCCCACUGCCUCUCUCCAACUUUGCCUUCUUAUCUUGCUUCCCUAACAAACAAAGGAACGCCACAAGUUGCCGCACAUUUCAAAAGUCUGGAUGUCAUACUCAUUGGAGAGUGCCUGUCCUCAGAGGCAAGCUUUCCUGUUGGGCAAGGAAAAAUCCAGUAAACGAUGGAAGAGCUCUGUAUGUUUGAGCUUGGGAGACAAAUGGUACACUGUUAGAAGAAGCCUUUGCCUUGAUUGGUUUCUUUGGUCUGAUUAAGGGGUUUAUCCCCCACAAAAGGUAGGAGCGUUCAAACAUUCAGUCUUCCUGCCUAUGUUCUGACUGGUAUUGCCUAACAAAAUCUGGACCUCUUAACUAUUCUAGUCACUCUUAACUAUUCUAGUCCAUCUAUUUUGGUCUGAGGUUGUGACUGCCCACUCAUUUUUGUCCUGCUUUUCUCAUCUUAUUCUCAAGAUUGCACAGAUGAGUUCCUCCUUAAACCCAAGAUGAUACGAGAGUGAGAAAAUGUGACUGGGACCACAUCCUCCCAUCCUAAAUGGGGCAUAAAGAAUGUGGAGGUUGUCUUCAGUGUGUUUCAGAUCUGUAGCAUAGUAGUUAAGUGGCUGGGUUGUGAAUCAGCACUCUGCUGGUUCGACUCCCAUUACUGCCAUGAGCUCAGUAGGUGGCCUUGGGUAAGCCACUCCUCUCUGCCCCAGCUGCCCAGCUGUGUUGUGGAGAUAAUAAUACUGACCUUGUCCACCGCUCUGUCCAGGGCACUAAGCUGUCUAGAAGAGUGGUAUAUAAGCACAGUUAUCAUCAUUAUCUAGAUCAAAGGAGGAUGAACUUAAGAUUGUGAGAGAGCUUGCAUUAGUGUAAGGAAUUUUUCUUUUCAGCACCACUUUUGUGUGACCGAAUGUAUGAGGAGACAACAAAGUGUAUGGAAGCCUGGAGCGGUAAUUCUAAUUGGCCUGAGUAUUUAUCAAGCUCAAAACUGAAGCAGUGUUUCUGGAGUCAAAGACGGUGAUCUGUCAAGCACCCUCCUAGCUUCAGGGACAUCUUUGGAGUCAGCAGAUAGUUUGGGGCACUUAGCUCCUGAUAAUUUUCAUCACCCUUAAGAGGGCCUGGGCUUCUUGUGCAGGAGAAUAAAGUGGGAAUGAAGGGAACAGAAUGGAUUAGACCAUAUCAGAUUUCAUGGGCACGAAUAGCCUACCUCGCAAAUUUGCGAGGAUAAAAUGGAAGCGAGGAGAACCCAGGUUGCUCUCCUGAGCCCCUGGAGAAAAGGCAAGAUAAAAUUCUGAUGGACAGAGUAGUUUUGAAACAAUCUUCCAUGGGAAGGGGGGGGAAUCCUUGCAGUUUUUAGAUAUUAAAAUCCAAAAACAAAAGCUACAUAAUAUCUUUUAUUGAGGCCAAUCAACUCUAAAGCCCUUCCCUGCAGUUAGAAAACUAGCAGAACUGGGAGAAGGGUAAGCUAGAACUUUUCUCCCUGAUGUGCUAGUUUGUUACCUGUGGGAAACUUUUACAUGGGUCAUUUAGAACUGUUCCCUCCUCUCAGUAUGAAAUGGUAUAGCCCACUCUGCCAUCUUAUCCCAUACUGCUGCAUGUGCAGACUAGGCCACGGUAAUUAAGGAUGUCUAACAAGGAAUUCUCAUCACCCUCACUGAAAUACAAUUCCCAGGUUCCUUUGGGGAAAGUGAAACUAGGUAUAAAACUGCUGUAAGGCUGUAGUGUGCAUAUGUCCUUAUCAGUGUUGCCAACCCCAGAAUGGCUUUCCCAGUUUCCUUUGGGUCUUCUCACUUUUGGCCUUCAUGCUGCUGACCAAGGCACGCCACUUAACAGGCCUUGUGUCCGUCCCAGCAAAACACCCAUCCUCUUUGGUGCUGUAUGUGGUACAUUUAUAGAAAGGGAAGAUGAGGUGCUGCUUGAGGAGGCAGGGCUUCUGGAUUUCACAUUUAGACUGAAAUGAUAGCCUGGUUUGGAUUGGCUGCUGAGGACACAGCCCAAAGCCCAGCCUCCGCUGGUGUGUGCAGCAAGGAACACGUGCCUUUUCUGUAAACGGCUCUGCAACUUCUGAAGCGAUCACAGCUUUUGGCUUGAAGCUGUCUGAGUUUGGGGGGAAAUGUGUGCAUUAUAGUGUGAACUCCAUUGAGAAAAGGCUCCUAAGUUCUCCGAGUUCAAAAUAUGGAAAAUUCGUCAUCAUCAUCAGAAUUGUGGAUUUCAGUGAACCAAAACUCUCCUGAGCUUCUCAAACAAAUGCACAUGGCUGCCUUUUUAAUUAUUAUUAUUAUUGUAAUUGUUGGGGAUUCUUUUGCAUCAAGUUUGUUUUUUAUUGUUAUUGUUAUUAAUAUUGAUGGAUUUUCUUGUGGAAUUUCUAAACUGUGAACAAAAUAAAAAAGAG